UAAACAUCUCGCCUAAGGUUUGUUCGUUUCGCCAGUUAUCUGUGGGCUAUCAGUAGACUCGAUCAGCAUGAAACUGGCACUAGUUCUAGCCAUACUAACCAUCGCAAAAGCAGGAGUCAUCAAAGAAGAAACCACAGAAAAACCAUGCGAUGGUGUUCUGGUCAACGGUGUUUACCAUGAAAAAGACGUCAUCAAGGAAGACCUGGAUAGACCCUACAUGCUGGCUAUAGACAACAAAACCGGUACUCUGUACUUCAGUUACAGUGUAAAAGAAAACGACGAUGUUUUCAAAUCCGCAAGAAUCAACCUUGAAACCAAAGAAUUCAACGAUAUAGACAUUGUCAACGGUUUUGCCCAGACCAUAGAUGCAGCGAAUCACAUUGUUUACAUUGGCUCUAACAAUGGCAUAUACCAGUACUAUCCCAACACAGACACUGCUGAGUAUUUUGGACAGAGAGGAGCUGAUAUUUGGGCAAUAUACUUCAAAGACGCUCUAUACUUCUCGGAGUUCCCAUCGCAGUUUUUGUACACUUUCAUCAACGGAACUGCUGUAAGAUUUAGAGAUUUAGAAGACACUAAAGUGGACCACUUCAUUAUAGAUAAAGAUGAUGAUAUGUUCUACACUAAUGCUACAGGAUUGUAUGCUCAGAAGAAAGGAACCAAAGAUGCUGUGUUAUAUGAAGAAUUUCCUCACGUUGGGCCUAGAGGCGUAGCAACAGAUGUGAAUGGAAAUGUCUAUGUUUGUUUACGUGACGGCAUUUUUGCUGUAGAUAAGACAGAACACAGUUUGAAGAAAGCUGUUGAUGUGCACGAAUGUUUUGGAAUCGCUUUCGAUGUUGACAAUAACAUAGUUUACGCCGAUUAUAGAAGCAUUGUCAGACUGAAACCUAAUAAAGAGAAAUCUUGUUGAUGUGGUCUUGUUAAUGGUUGCUAGUCAAUUAUUU